ACUAAACGCAAGAUUACUUGCAUUGUUUAUUGAAAAUUAUUUACAAAAUAAGAGAACAAGUGUUUAAACGUGUUAUCCCUUGACAAAACAAACCGUUCGCCACACCACCAAUUGGAAAAUUUCUAGUUUACUCACAGAAUCAGCUGUUCGGGGCGAUACGGAUUUUAGCACGACGUGUUAUUUACUAAUUGCUCUAAGGUGUAUGUUCAUUUAGCACCUAAUAGAGAAACAGAUGCCAAUUCAAAACCAAAGCAAUAUUACUACAAUUAUUAGCCAAAUUAAUACAUUGAAUUACUGCUUUCAUGUAAUUCGAGCAAAUAAUGGAGCAACAGGCCACACAGGCGGCAAGCUCUGCUUAUUUGCUGGUGGAUACAUUAACUACAAUUUGGAAAAAUUAUCAAAAUGCCGGCGAUGACAAUGAAGCUAAAUUACAUUGGAUGGAACUUUUUCUGUUUUAUUUUCAAUAUGUGGAGGACGACGCUUUAGAGACAGAGCGAAUAAAAAGUUUCAUACACAAUAUACCCGAAGAGAUCACCUCCUAUCUGCUGGAGACAGUUUGUAACAUCAUAAACGAAUCGCACUCAUCAAUUCCUUCAGAACAAACAGCUGCAUGUGAUAGUACUGACCUAGUACAAAAUGAGAUAAGCAACUCGAAUGCUACGAAUUCCUUACUGAUAAACCAAAGUUUUACGCCGUUGAUAUUAAAUGAACCAAGUGAUUGGGGUAAAAUUAUAGCUCUGCGCAACUUUUUAACAAAUCAAUUAGGCAAGCAUUUGCUGCGUUUCCUUUUACGUGUAGACAACACGCUUAUCGCUUCACAAAAGGGACUUUGCAGUUUAUGCUGCAAACUGUUUCCGAACUGCAAAUGGAAUUCGAAAGAGUUUAUAUUGGAUACGCCGCUCUCUAUACUAACUGUUAUUGCAAGUAUUGCGCCACCAGAGCUGGCAGGUGUUGACAUGCAUAGUACCGCGCAUAUUAUCGACCGUUGUGGCGCUAAAUAUGACUCAACCUUAUUAGAUGCGCAUCAGUACGUGGAGAGUUUGGAGACUUUUCGUAAUACCAUUAUAAGCAGCGAUGAAAUCGCUUAUCUGCUCGUGCAAAUCAUGUCAAAAUGCGUUGCUAACGAGUUGGAAGCUAAUCUAAAUAGUCAAUCAGUAUCGAUGAUCUCAUUAAAUUUUGCAUUGGAAUGUUUAUGUUGUGAUGAUGUCGUUUAUGCAACGAAACAGAAUGCCAACACAAUCAAACUCGAACUGCUACAGCUUACAAUACGCUGCAUCAAUAACAUUUUCAAUGCUUCAGCCAGCAUAAGUCUUGUACAAUUUCAAUUUAUUUUCACCAUGUUGGCGGUCAUUCUGAAAAAGCAUGCUUUUGAAAUUACAGAAAUCAAAUGUGAGGAUGCAACUACAAACGGCAACACCGCAUCACUUGAUUUCGCAUUGGAAUUUCUCAGCGCAACCAAUUAUGUUUUCUUUUACACGCUGCAAAAUAUCAUAAUGUAUCCAAAUAAAUUAAAAGAACCCCAUACAAUUGGUGGCAACAAAAGCAGCUUGCAUGAUUUGAAGUUCAUCAAUGAGAGUGCGAUUGAGAUAACCAUAAAAACAUUCCAGCAAGUGUUACAGAAAAUAAAAAACGUUGCUGUUGGCCAUACCGAAGCGCGUCUACUCAUUGAGUUAACCUUCAAAACGCUGCUAAAGAUCAACGAACAACUCUGUAAGCAUGAUCAGCAGAGCAAGAACAAUGCAAAUUAUACGAACGGUGGCAAUACACAAAGGCGGUGUCGCUACUUACGUCAAGUGCAUUGCCACACACAAGUGCCGACUUUAGCCUGCUACUUUCAGGGCACUUUGCUGAAUUUGCUACCCAAGAUCACCACGAAUAUGCAGGAAGCGGCCGUACGCUACUUACUACGCAUUGGCAUUUGUUGCUGUCACUAUACAAUCGACACCUAUGCUUCAUGUUUGAAUAUGAUUUCACAAUUCACGCCUUUAUAUCAAAAUUGUACCUAUAAAUUUUUACAUCGCCGCAUACUUUACACCAUCUUUACGCAAGAUCAUAUCAUGUAUCAUAAACGGACGACGGAGAGUUGUGCCAAAUGUGACGCUAAAUUAAAGUCACUUGAAUUACGCAAGGAGAUUUUACAGUUGUAUAAGCAGCUGCAUGAGGAGCUCAACACAGCAGAGAGUAGCGAAAGUAAAGUGACGUCACUGCAAUUAUUGUUAAAGCAUUUAAAAAACAUAUCAGAUACAUUGAGCAGCGAUAUGGCGGCUGGUAUUUUAGCUGAGCUCAUUUUGCCCACUUUUCGCCAAUACAAAGUGGAACUGUUGCAGAGCCGAAAAGCAAUUAAAUCGUGUGCAUCGAAAAGCCCGAUCCCCACAGCUGAUAUCGAAGCAACAAAUAAUAUAUCACCUAUCAACAUAUCAUUUCCGGAGAGUGAAACGCGUGCAAACGAUGCUGCGGUGACUACUAUGGGCAUCUUACAAGAUUGUUUGAAUGUUUUCGUCGCUUACUUGGGCGCUGAUAUACGUUUGAUCAAAGCUUUUUACAACGAAGAAAACAUAACACAUUUGGAGGAUCUAUUCUAUGAGCCGCCGUUAGUGCAUUGCAUAUGUGAGCUAAUCAAAAUUGGCGUCGACAAUGGAACCUUUUUGGGCGAAAGCAAUCAAGAACAAGUGAUACUUAGUCAACGCCUCACUAAACUGCUACUAAAUAGUAGCGCUUACAACGCUUUUCAAUUCAACGCAUUAACAUUUAGCCAGCAAACAGACAGCACAGCAAGCGACGCCGAAAAGUCUGUGGAAACAACAACAGACGCGCUGAAUGCCUCGAAUAUUUUAUAUGUGACAGCGCUUAAAUGGUCAUUUAUCCAUGAAUUGCUGCAGACUAGCCAAUGUUUCUUGAACGCAUUCACGAUUAUGUACAACUUAAAUAAAAAUGUUAGCGCUACUGUUGAUGCUGACGACGCGCAAACGCAAGUUAGAAGCAUAAAGGAUUUCGUUACGUGUGAAUUGAAUGAUGACAAAACGAUUGACGACAUUCUCACACUAAAUUACAAUGCUUUGAGCACAUUUUUACAACUUUCGCAAUGCAAAUCGAGGAAUAUGUCUACAAAACACACCCAUUCGCCACAGCAUACCAAUACAAACACAUCAUCCCCAUUGCAAGGCGCCAACUACAACACUAUAAACCCCGAAGCCAACAAAGCUGACGGUUGUUUGUCAAGUUCACUGGAAUAUUUGCUCUCUAGCAUCGAAGUAGAUGCGGUACAACAAACGUUUGGUUCGAUUAGUUCAUCGAUUGCAUCGUAUGCGUCAACAAUUGACGCCUUUAUCGCCACAUCGGAUGCGCAACAAUAUUCUAUAAAUAGCGAUCCCAGCUUUAACUCAAACGCACACACAGCACAGUGUUAUACGGAAAUAUAUAAUUUAACAUUUUUAGACAAAUUGAAAACUUGGAAUUCAAAAUAUUCUGUGAAUUCACAAAGUGUCGACUCAGAAAUUAACGAAAGCAUUGUCAUAUUCGAUGUACGCAAUCAGCAAAGUUCAAGUCUAACUCGAAAUCUAAUAUUACCGGCAGCAAUUACAUCAUUGCAAGCUAUUGGUGUGGAUGCGCUCGUUCCCACCUCGGUUUGGAACUGUGCUGCCGAUGCCUUAUCUACGUCCAUGCUAGUUGCGGGCCCCGAAACUAAUGCGGCCGUGCUUAGUAUUGGCAUAAGUAUAUUUGCGAAAUUUUUUAGUGUACUCGGUUCGUUUUUUGGUGGCAGUAAAACGAGUUCGUUAACCGAUUUAAAUAACAGUACAACGUCUCGAGAGCAAGAAAUCGAUUCGAAUCUCAGUUGUUUGCUCGAAACAAGUAGUGAUAGUAAGCGUUAUCUACUAAGGUUAUUUGAGACCACAAUGGCCAUUUGCAUCAAGAGCUUCAAAGACGAAGGCGCACAAACGAUGGAAAAGCAUUUACUGAAGCUGAAGACAGUGAUAUUGAGUAACACCAUUGGCGGCAACAAGCCAGCUGCAGCGCACACCGAAGACCAUUCACGCGAAAACGCUGUGGUAAAGGCAUUACAAAGUCUGCUCAAAAUCGCAGAACAGACCACCAACAACACGACGACGCCAACCGCAAUUUCCAACGAUUUGAAUGGCAGCAAGGGUUUGGAGAAUGUCGCCAGUGAAGAAACGGUAUUGCAAUCACCGUUACGGCCACGUGCACGUUCCUUUAAUAGCACCAGAACUCAAUCGAAACACAGCAAUGUGACCACACCGCGCACUUCGGCGCCUAAGCGGCAGUUGUCCACCGAAAGUGGCGAUGCCGACUAUUUCUCGACGCGUAUGUCGUUGUUUUGUGAGAGUGAAAUGGAGUUGAGUGAGAAUGAGAAUGAUACCAACUACAUAACGGCCGAUGAAGGCUAUGAAGCCGAUGGUGAGAUACCGGAAAUCUCCGAAUCGGAGACGGAAUUGGAUAAAGCGGAAUUCUGGAACUCAUUUCAACCAAGCUCACGUUAUCGUAACUACUUGCUACAUGAGGGACUUUGUCAUUUAGUUGUGGAAAUUCUAAUUGAGCUAUCGGAAAGAUGCAUCGCCAAUCCGUUGGGUUGGAGUGAGUGCUUGGUGCAAUUGGCCAAUCGUUUGUUUGUGAUACGCGCCAAUAUAGGUGAUUCAUUGUUUUUGUUGCGUGGAUUUGCGCCGGUGCUGAAAUGCGGUGAUCCGCGCUUGAGAGAACUUCAACAAGCUUUACUCGAACUAAUUGUGGAUGUAAAUACUCCCGAAGUUUUAUGCACUUAUUUCAAUAUUUUGGCAGCCAAAAAUCCGCCUGUCGAUCUUUUAAUCAAAUAUCUCAGUCAUAUUUGUGGUAACAAAUUGAGAAAGCCGCAAGCAAUGGUUGAAUUGGAGUUUCCGGUAGCAAUUGACGGCAAGUGCACCUCUACCAGCGAUCAGCGCUUAACAAUGGAUAUCGAUCACUUGCGUAAUCAGCAUAUAAACGCGCAAGCCCAUACGCCAUUGUCUCGCACACCCUGUAUUAUACCCAUCACACAUGCGCGUUUAUGGUCCAACGAUGGUUUCACACUCUCCUUUUGGCUGCAGAUGAAAGGUGCACAUAAUAGCAAAGCCUCGUCUCUACCCACCGAAGACGAAGCACGCAGUACACACGAAGAUAGUCAUAAAACACACAUCGUAUCUAUCGGCACUAAUCAAGUGCUGCUGAGCGCUUAUGUCAACCGCGAUCUAAAGUUGGUAUUUGAAACGAGUAAACUAAAUGCCGAAACUCUCGCCCAAACACCAACAGAGCCAAAGAGCGAAAAUAUGGAGACAUCAACAAGAGAUACACCUAAUCGCAGCACGAAUCAUACCAAUGGUGACAAUUCAAACACCACAACCGCGCCACUGACUUCUCCAACCAACGCGCCAGGUCCGCUGCGUGUUGCACUGAAACAAACCAAACUCGUUAUACUCAACAGCUUCAACAAUAUGCACCUUUUCAAGUAUCACAAUCACAACCAAUCGUAUGAGACCGCUUCGGUGGAGCUGAAAUCUUUUCGUUUUGCACGCAACCGUUGGACACACAUUGCGUUUAGUGUGCACACGCAUCAAGAUCAUUUGGAGCUGAAGGUGUAUGUUGAUGGUGUGGAGCAAGAUAUUGCCUAUUUGCAUUUUCGUAAUGUACGCAACCUGCAGCGUAAUCAUACUUUUCAACUCAUCUGCCUGGGUGAUAGUGUUUCAACGACCAACAGUGCGAAUGUUUCCGGUGGCCACACAGAAUCACGUUCCACCAUUGAUGGUUACCCCUUGCCAUUUAGCAUAACGAAUUUACUGUUGUUCAAUUGUAAAUUCUCUGCGUGGCAAACCAUAGCAAAUUUGACCGCCAUGGGUCCGGAUUUUUCAGAGCUUGCACCACUGCAGGUGAACUCCUGGCGUCCUAAUUAUGGUUUUGUCAAUAUGUCUAGAGUCCAGAAGGCCAAUUUCGGUAAUGUUGCGGAGUCAAUGCGUGCACUGUAUGAGUCGCGUCUACUGGUAUACACCGCUGAGUCGCCGGAUAUCGUUAUGGGCUUUAAUAAUGAAGUCAAUGCAAAAGAAGGUACUGUCUCAAGUGCGGCGCGCGUUUUUGGCCUGAUUUUGUAUGGUGAGCUGAUACAGAAUCAUAUACGCUCCAUUCAAGCCACUACUUUGCUAUGCGGCGGCCUUUCAACGCACCUCUACUUAUUCGCAAGGAUUGUGGAGCUGAGUAGUAAUUCAUUAUCACAGUAUAUGGCAUUGGAUAUUUUCCUAAAUGUAGCUUUAUCGGACUCCCAAUUGUAUGCCGAGUUUUUACGCAUCAACUAUAUGAGCCUUAUAGGUUAUGUCGUGAAAACCGAUCGCUGCACGAAAGACGUGCAUCUUCUACGAAGCAUUUUAAAUAAUGCCUGCUCUCAGCCUAUUAUCAAUAAAAAGGGUGAUACCUUGGAAAUCUGUGAAAUGACCACAGCCAUCGUUGUGUACCCACAACUGAUCAUAUCGGUAUUACACCGUUAUUCCGAUUGGCAUCGUUCGGGCGUCGAACACUCCGAUGUGUUAGACAUGCUUUUUCACUGCAUUUUAGCGCUAACACGUGAGAAACAUCCACAACGCGAUUUAAAUUUAGAUCGUUUAAGCGAAGCUGGGCUGCUCAAAGAGUUGCUUAAUUUAUGCAAAGUUUAUGUAAUCGAAUCACCAAAUCCCGUCUACAUAUCAAAGACUGCGGCUGAAUCAUUUGUGGCCAUUUUAUCCGUUUUCGCCGGUUCGCCGCCAUCCACAUCACUCAUGGACGAAAUAAUGAAGCUCUGUUUGCUGCUGCAGAAGCCCAGCGAAUGUUACAUCACACAUGAUCGGUCGAAAUUUUAUUUUCUACUCACGCCGCUAGCGCCAGUAAAGGAGCGUUCAUCGGCUGUUUCCGGUUUCGAUCGUGUCACAACGCCAUUUCGCCGUAAAUCGAAACGUGAACGUCCUGGCGUCGCCAAACCGACGCCAAGUAUCGAUAACGGUGAUCUCAACGCUAAACAAAAUGAGCGCGUCAAGCGCCUGCGCAGAUUGCAUAUAGCCGCGACGAGCUCACCAUUUAAGCGCAAUUUACUUGAACUCGAAGAUAACCUCGAAAAUGUUGCGGACUGUGCGCGCUUGAAUAAGAAAGCUCUGCGCCUGCUCAGCCCUGUUAAUGUGGAGAAUUGGCGCAUGAAAUUUAAACACACACCCAGUAGGAAUACAGCAACAAGUCCAAUAGGGAAACAACAAACCCCAAAUAAUGCCGAGCGAAAGUUGGCGCUAGCCGCUUCUACACCGCAUAGAAUUAGUCAUAAGCGUUUGCGACAUGCCUCACACAAUUAUUUGGCAAAUGCCGAAACGACAAAGCUGCGCAAACGCAGUACACAGUCAUGCGCAGCACCUACUGAUGGCAGUGAGGUGGAUAAAGAAACGCUACCUAACCAACAACUGGGUUUGACAGCUAUGCCGGCGGCCACAACGCAGCAACGUCGCAGCAGAUUGCUUGUGAAGACGGAUUUCUACAAUUGGCCUGGUAUUAUUGCAUUGCAAGAGGGACUGCUGACACUGUUGAAAAACUUUCUCUGCCUUUUACCGGACAACGCAGUGGAAGAGGUCCUGAAGCAUUAUGUCAAAGUGGACAUCAUAUUGGUAUUAUGCAACAAUAGCAGCUGUGCCGUGCGUACGGCCAUAAUUAAAUUACUCGCUGUGUUAUUGAAGCGCCUACAACCGAGCGACAUUAGCCAACAUGUUAAAAAUUUGUAUCCCCAACACUUGGCGAAUCAAAUGUCCAUAUAUACAACAGAUAUGCAGAUGUUUGAAGCCUGUUUGGAAUGGGUCACAGGCAUUUAUUAUAACACAACGAAGAUCUUAAACUGUGAUAUGCCCUUACAUGUCGUUGAACGCUUCGGCAUCAAUACGCUACUGUCGGUUCUCAUCAAUAUGGCCAACAAUCAUGGUGGCCUGAAAGCGCAGGCAUUCAAAAUACUCUACAAAAUGUUUAAUAUGGAAGGCGAACAACAACAACUUUUAAUAGAUGCCGGUUUGCUGCUUUGUUGCAUUAAGUCGCUCUUCAAUUUAUACUUAGGCUCCAGUGUUGUAGAGGUCGUCAUAGAAGAAUCGAUAAUAGUGCUUUUGACACAGAUUGGCGAAAAGUCUUUAAAAUCGGCGGGACAAAUAAAGUACGUUUGGGAUAUACUCAACAUGCUGACAUUCCUGCACGAGGGCGCCACUGGCACAGUCAUAAAGAAUUUACGCUCUGCGCAAGCGCGCCUGCAAUUUGCUUGGAUACGCAUGUUCUUCGAGUCUAUAAGCGAACCGAGGAAUUUCAAAGUUAUAGCCUUGCCCAACUCCUCGUUAUCACUCGCCGAGACCAAAGAACGAUUGCGACUACUAAUCGACCGCUGUGCACAAUUCUUCACCAUUUGCGAUGCCAAAUACACGCCAAGCGCCACAGAGGUGGAACUGUUCCAAUUAAUUGUCUCAUACAGCAUUGCCACCAGUCAGCGUUGCAACAAUUUCAUAGCUUGGGGUCUGCAACCGUCACGGCCGCUUGAACUACGCGCUUUUAUUGUCGAUGCGCUUUGGAAUUCUUGCCAAGCUGGGCUUUCGCCGCCUGUUAUUUGUGAUGGCAAGAUAAUUAAAUCGUUUUUGUGGUUAUGUCUGCUGGAAGAUUUGGAGAAACCAUUGCCGAACUUGGAACGCCUCUGUAAACAUUUGGGUAUCAAUGAACACGACUCCACGUGGAAUUUAGAGAGUGAACUGGAGCGCAUUGAGCUGAAUCGUACCGCGAUAGCGGCUGAACAGAAAGUCAAGUUGGAAGAGACCGUUUAUCGUUUGGAGUCGCUGGCUGUGAGUUGCAUUGAGUCAUCAAUGUUGAAUACGCGGCGUGUUGCGGAGUUACAGAAUUCUGAACGCAAGCUGCUGAUGUAUCAAUUGAAGGACUAUGACGAUGCUAGCAUAUACAAUAAGUGGCUUGGAAUCGUACGACGCAUGACACACGAAGGCGCGCCCUGGCACUCAAAGGAGCGUUCGGAAAAUUCUUGGGAGUUAGACGACACCGAGGGUCCGUCGAGAGUCCAUACACGCAUGCGCCGCUGCCAUUUGGAUAUUGAUAAACGCUUCUUCAUGGAGAAUUAUUACAGCAACACAACAACAGAGUUACGUAACAGUGAUAUUACUAUGAACACCAGUGCCUCGUUCGCCAACGAAUAUGUGCGUCCGCUGGAAUAUCUUUUAUCCAGUUAUGAUCAACAGCUCAAUAUUUCGCUCAACUCGCAAAUACUUUAUAAUUUUCCUGCCAAAUUUCUACCCGUCGAUGGCGAGAUUGAUGGUGAAAUCAUUAUAACCGAUCAUAAACUGUAUUUUAUGGCUACAUAUCGUUGCAAGUACUUCUAUAUUAACUGUGAUAUCUCGAGUAUAAGUGAGAUUUGGUUGAAACGUUAUCAGCAUCAGGAGAAGGCUUUCGAAAUAUUUUUGGAUACAAAUCAAUCACUGUUCUUCUCACUACAAAAUCAAGAUGAUUAUAAAAUUAUGUACGAUGUAUUUUGUGAUAAAAUCGUCACGCAUCCCGAUCAAGCGAAGGUACUCGUUAUUACGCAACAAUGGCGCGAAGGUUUGCUGACCAAUUGGGAAUAUUUAAUGACACUAAAUCAAAUUGCCGGCCGCACUUAUAAUGAUCUCAUGCAAUAUCCCAUAUUUCCAUGGAUAUUGUCUAAUUAUGCGUCGGACAUUUUGGAUUUGACUGACGACACGAACUUUCGCAAGCUGGAAAAGCCGGUUGCUGUGCAGCAUGAAGUCAACGAGGAGCACUACGUCGCCAACUAUACGUAUCUCAAUAAUACGAUGACUAACAUGGGUUCGUUGACACUGAAACCAUAUCAUUAUAGCUCGCAUUAUUCGAACUCCGGUACGGUGCUGCAUUUCCUCGUGCGUGUACCGCCUUUUACGAGCUAUUUCCUCAGAUAUCAAGACAAUAAUUUCGAUUUACCUGAUCGCACAUUUCACUCACUAACGACCACCUGGAAUUUGGCGAGUCGUGAUAGCCCUACAGACGUUAAAGAGCUGAUACCUGAAUUCUUCUGUUUACCGGAAAUUUUUGAAAAUUUCGAACGAUUCGAUUUCGGCUUGCGACAAAAUGGCGAACGCGUUGAAGACGUACAAUUGCCACCCUGGUGUCUGCGAGAUUCGCGUCUAUUCGUGCUCAUACAUCGUCAGGCACUGGAGGCGGAAUUGACACGCAAUCACCUGCAUAAUUGGAUUGAUUUGAUCUUCGGCUACAAACAAUCUGGUGAAAGUGCAGUGGAAGCGAUAAAUGUUUUCCACCCGGCGACGUAUCCGUCAUUCUUGGAAUCAAUAACAGUCGACCCAAUAGAGCGCAGAGCUGUCGAGACCAUGAUCAGAACCUAUGGACAAAUGCCGCGACAAUUAUUCAAAAAUCCACAUCCACAGACGAAAUCGCUAAAUUAUUGCCUCGGCACGAAGGAGGUAUUGCCCACCGUGCGUGGCUUAAGGUGGGGCGUUUACUUGGGCUCACCACAGCUAUCGGCGCCAACGCUUGGUAAUAUCUAUAAAAUACCCGGAGCCGAGUAUCUAGUGUCAUUCAAUAAUACCAACGCUGUUUAUGGACUACCAAUGAAAUCCUGCAUUAUGCAAGGUGCUGAGGUCGAUACAUACAACGUGAUCUCCUGGGACUACGACGAUCACAUUGUGCGUAUACAACCGUUAAACAAGCUAUAUACGAAACCGAAAAAUAUACUACGCAGUCAAGUUAUCGAUGAUAUCACCGCCUGCGGUGCCGAUCCCAAUUCCAAUCAGCUGUGGUUCGGUCACAAAUCGGGACGCAUAAGUAUAUACAAAUGCGGCAACACUGAGUCGAACAGUCGACCGGUUAAGAACAGACAAAAUUAUAUACGUGGUCUGCGACGCUCCUAUAAUUCGGCAGUUCGCAAGCUGACUACUAAAAGUUAUUCGGAUGAAAGUGAUACUGGCAACGUGACACCGUUAUUGGGUUCAACUACAAGCGGCGCAGCAACAGAUGCGCCACAACGCGAUUGCGCCGAUCUCACGUGGACGGGUCCAACGAUACUGCUGCGGCACACGGACGAGGUGACCAGCAUACGUUUAUCGGUUGAAUUCAAAAUUGCCGUUUCUGCCGGGCGCGAUGGUAUUGCCGUUAUUUGGGAUCUUAACAACUGGAAUUAUGUGCGCACAAUUGAUAGACCUGCGGAGAUACAUCACUCACCAAUAACGGUGGUUACCAUAAGCCCCACAUUGGGUGAUAUUGUGACUGUGCACACUACACCGCAGCAGUUGGUACAAAAGACAUCGCCGGAGCGACAAAAUGCCAAAACUAACGGUGUUAGCCUAGCUGACCAACCAACAUCAGCGGCGCCGGAUGAGUGCUUCGAGGUGACCGAGGAGAGUCUCGAGGAUUUUGUGAAUGUAUCGGUAAAUCCAAAUGGUAAAUCCAUCUUGCGUUUGCAUACGGUAAAUGCCCGUUAUGUGCAACACAUCGUGCAUGAGGAUCGUAUAUUGGCGGCCACCUAUUCGUACAUCAAAGAGGGUGUUGGUGUUAAUGUCAUUGCCACCGCUGUUGAAGGCGGCGCCAUACGUUUGUGGUCCAGCUGGAAUUUGAGUUUUGUCAGCGAAAUCAUCACAGGCAUAUCAAAUAUAAGAAGCAUCGUUUACUCAACACAUCAGCACCUGGUGGCGCUCACUAAAGAUUCGCACAUACAGGUGUGGGAAACCGAGGGACUUUAUGGAAAUUCGCCGAAAUUUCCGCAAAUAGCAUAUAAGUAAUGGCGUGAUGAAUUAUACAGCAUAAGCUUAAGAAAAACACUCACUAAAACACAGAUAAUAUAUUUAAAAAGCAAUCACAUUUUACAGUAA